CUGAGUCGUCACAGUGACAUUUUGGACGGGCGCUUAGCUCCGCCCCCUCCAACAUUCCACACAUGCGGAGAAGCAACAAGCUACCCAACAGCAGCAACAGCUAGCCUCUAGCAGCUCGCGUCGUCAGGACGAGGCGCAUUAACAUGCAAAAGUUUCCAAACACGGAUCCCCGUGUCAACUAGGCACAAGAGUCGCGUUUGUGGGCGCCCGGGACGGCUGCAGAAACCAUGGGCCACAACUGGUUUUCGUAAUAUUUGUGCUUGUUGUUGAAAUCGAGAGCUUCAAUGUGCGAAAAGUCGCUCGGUCUGUCCUCGUCGUUGAACAAGAUGGCAGCAACUGCAGCACCGUUGAAGGGUUCGACUGUGGUGCAGGUCCUCGUUGUUCCGGUCUUUCACGAUUUGGGGGGUGCGAUUUACUGGUCCUACUGAAGGUAUGGCCUCACAAGUUUUGGUUUAUCCAUCUCAUCUGCACUCAGCUCAAACAAGUGCCUUAGGAACCAGCAGCUGUGGUACCAGCAGACACAAAGGUGAAGUCCACCGCAGUAAUAACACCAGCAGAGCCUUUCAGCACCGACCCCCACCCAAGACUUAUGUGAUUGGAGUCAACUACGGCAUUGCAUAUCCCAACAAUGUUCUCCCAUCCUCAACUGGUGCUGAUUUAGGAAGACUGCAUCAGGGACUGCAGUUUAGUGAAUCUGAGCAGUGGGCUCUGCAAACUGCAGGAAUACAGGGAAGAGGCAGCUGGGAGAAUCUGAGAGAAGGACCACGUGGGAUCCAGCAUCAACAGUGUUUUGAGCAGAGCAGAGGCAUACAGGAAGUGAGAGACAGUGGUGGGACUUCAUCGGGAGGAGGCCCGGACUGUGGCUUAUUGAGGGAGGCCUGCGCAAAAGCAGAGGAGGACGAGAUCAAAAGCAGAAGAAUACAACAGAGAGGAGGAUUUUUCAACUGCGCGGAUACAGGUGCCACUCAGAUAUGUGAACAGAAGACGGGUGAAAGUGGGGAACAACAGCAGGAGACCCGUCGUGUCAAAGCCAUGCAGAUAGUGGAGGAGAUAUCUGCUCUACCAUCACUUCCUCCCCCUGUGACCAUGUUGCAGACCAGCACUGAGAACAAUGCAGACACUGUCCGAGUAGGUAGUGGAGGGACACUGCCUUCUCAACAAAACGUUGUCGAGGCGGCGGCAGGAAAUGGUGUGGAUGCGACUGACGGCGGCAGUGAGGUUGUGGCGAGCGCUGCGGUGACUAGAACUGGAUCGGGAGAUGGUGAUUAUCAGUUAGUUCAGCACGAGGUCCUGUGCUCCUUGAAGAACAGCUAUGAGGUCCUGGAGUUUUUAGGUCGCGGCACCUUCGGUCAGGUGGUGAAGUGCUGGAAGAGGGGAACAAACGAUGUGGUGGCUGUCAAAAUACUCAAGAACCACCCAUCAUAUGCACGCCAGGGUCAGAUUGAGGUGGAGAUCCUGGCCCGACUGAGCAGUGAAAAUGCAGAGGAACACAACGUGGUGCGUGCCCUGGAGUGCUUCCAGCACCGCAGCCACACCUGCUUGGUGUUUGAGAUGCUAGAGCAAAACCUUUACGACUUUUUAAAACAGAAUAAGUUCAGCCCACUGCCACUCAAAGUCAUCCGACCCAUACUGCAGCAGGUGGCAACUGCUCUGAAGAAGCUGAAGUCCUUGGGCUUAAUCCACGCUGACUUGAAGCCUGAAAACAUCAUGCUGGUGGACCCCUCCAGGCAGCCUUACAGAGUGAAAGUCAUUGACUUUGGCUCAGCAAGCCAUGUGUCCAAGGCUGUCUGCUCUACCUACCUGCAGUCCAGAUACUACAGGGCUCCCGAGAUUAUUUUGGGCCUGCCCUUUAGCGAGGCCAUCGACAUGUGGUCUUUGGGCUGCGUGAUAGCUGAACUGUUUUUGGGCUGGCCUCUUUACCCUGGAGCGCUGGAGUACGACCAGAUCCGGUACAUCUCUCAGACUCAGGGGCUGCCAGCUGAAAAGCUGCUCAACAAGGGAACCAAGACCUCACGCUUUUUCACCAAAGAAUCAGACUCCCCUUACGCCUCCUGGAGACUGAAGACAACGGAAGAACACGAGAAAGAGACGGGGCUUAAAUCCAAAGAGGCCAGAAAGUACAUCUUCAGCUGUCUGGAUGACAUAGCACACGUGAACUUAGUGCUGAGUCCAGAUAACGGGGACAUGCAGUCAGAGAAGGAAGACAGACGCGAGUUUGUGUCUCUCCUUAAGAGCAUGCUUACGAUCGACGCGGAGGACAGAACUGUUCCCUCCAGCGUCCUGAAUCACCCUUUCCUCACCAUGACCCAUCUUCUAGACUUCCCCCACAGUCACCAUGUACAGUCAUCUUUCCGCAUCAUGGACAUGUGCCACAGUCGGCCCAGCAAUGCAAUUUUUGAUGCUUUGAACCAGAACACCAUUCAUUUCUCAAGACCCCCCUUGGCCCCCGCCUCCUCCUCUGUAACUUUGGGUUACAGCAACAUACUGGUCCACACCCAGUCGGCUCAAUCGGUGUUGCAUCCUGGGAUAGCUCUAACAGCAGGGAAUGGGCAGUUUGGCUGCAGUGAUUCGUUCCCACCUGCCCUCCUCCUUUGCCCCCCAGCAAUGCAAGGUAACCUGAAUCAGCCAGCAACAUAUUCUGUCCCCAUGGUGACACAAGCCCCUCCCAUACAGCCCCUGUCAGUGAGACCAGGCGUGAUGGCUCAGGCCUGGCCUAACCGCAGCCAGCAGCUUCUAGUACCAGCCGCUUGGCAGCAAAUGACUCCAAUGGGUCCACCUCCUUCUCACCCGCCUCCUCCACCUCCUACCUCUCUAACCAACGACAACACAGCUGGCCCACAAAUGAUCGGCGACUGGGGCAGGAAAGUUCGUCCACCCAGCAGUCACUAUAACACACUGAUGCAGCAACCUCUCCUGACCAAUCAGAUGCCGGCUCUGUCUGCCCACCAGCCAAUCAACAUUGGCAUAGCUCAUGUCGUCUGGCCCCAGACUACCGCUAAAAGGAACAGACAUGGACACAACAGGAACCUGUCCCACUACGGUAAUGGCUCAUGCCGAACGCCCAAAAUGGCUGACGUUGUUGGACAGGCAGCAGCUGGACGGCAGCAGCGUCAAGGGGCGGCGUCUCAGGGCGAAUCCCGGCAGCCUGACACUCAAAACAAAAACGAGAAAAGGGACGACGCAGAGGAGGAAGCCAUCUGUUUUAAACCUGACGCACAGAGUGGAAACCGACGCAGAGGUUUCUCCAGGCAGCCGCUUCGAGAUGUGGCGGUCCUCAUGGCAGACACGCCAAGCCCCGCCCCCAGCGUGAUCAGUAUCCGCAGCGAUCUGAGCGAUGCGGAGGAGGUUGAUGGCGGAGAUCCUGAGCGAUGCCGUCUGAAUGAGUGUAAAGAGGAGUGUGUGUGCGAGGCUUGCCGAAACACCAGCGUGUCGAUGGAGAGGGUGUGUUCCCUCAGCAGUCCUGACAGCAGCCUCAGCACCAGCUCUUUUGCCUCCAACUCCCUUCAGUCCAGCCCUUCAGUCUCACCUUGCAAGAGACCCAACAGCAUGUCGGAGGACGAUGGUCACGAGAGUGGCUGUGACACGGUGGAGGGCUCUCCCCCGUCUGACGCAUCCACCUCCCCGAGGGGCAACAGCGCUUACCGUUACCUUAACAACAACAACCGGCCGGCCUUGGCUGCAGUGGUCGCGCCUUUGCCCUCCCCCACAGAGCAGGGCAGGAGUCCCAGAGGGAUCCGGACCAUGAUAGUUCCCCCAAUGAGAGUGCAGAGCAACAACAGAAACAGUCGUGGGACAGAAGAGCGCGCUCAGAGAACAACUAUCUCUUGUCUCUUUUCUGCCUCAGUCUCAGAGUCCUGGUCCCGAUCCAAAGGGCGCUGCAACCUUGUGGGACAACAGAGCACGCCCUCGUCUGUCCCCCUCCUUCCAUCCGCCCCCCUCCUGUCCCGGCAGCAGAAGGUGGCGGGCCAGCAGCAGCAGCACCCUCUUGGCUUUGGGCAGCCCUACGGCACAAACCUGAGCAACAAAGAGUGGAACGGCAACUAUGGGCCUCUGCGGCCGCACGCCUUCAUCCCGCCCACUGUGCACACCUUCACUCACCUGCACCACAGCAGCCCCACGCACACGUCCGCCGCCCCCCACACCCAGGGCCUGCCCGCCCACACCCUGCUGUCCUACCCCUCCAGCGCCCACCUCACUGGCCACCACCACCCCCACCCCAUCCUGCCUUCCCGCCCCCCUCCCCCCCCUCUCUUCCAGCACAGCUACGGUCUCUCGCACCCUCAAGGAGGCGCCCUCGUACACCAGGUCACCUUGGGCAUCGCCCCGCACCACCCUGGACACCCUGCUCCCCACCGGCUCCUGCCCUCCCCAACCAUCCACCCGCACCAUCAGCCUGGCUACGCCCACCACCCACACCAGUUCAAGCCCGCCUUCCCUCCCCCGCCCCCUCCUCACCCUUUCAUGGCGUCCCCGGCCGCCUACACAGGCUUCCCUCUGAGCCCCACCAAAUUCAGCCACCACCCGCAGUUCUCCUACAUCUGAGGGGCAGGCCGGGGCUGCAGCACUGUCUCCCCAUGAGGGGGUCCCAGGGGAGAUGGAGCGGGGCCGCCACCUGGUCGGGCAGACCCAGCAGCAGAGCACAAAACAAACACUUGUGAUGAUGAAGAACACAGAUGUGGGGAGAUUUCCAUUUGUACCAUAGAGGGGGAAUAAAGAAAAAAAACAGUUGUAACCAUGAGUUUGAGGACAGCCUCUGCAGAAGGAGGCCUCGCGCCAUGACUCUCUGAUGUUCGUCAGAGCGGCGUCUGCUCUGAGACGUCCUUCCAAGUCCCAUCGGCCAGCGGAGGAGGACGCAAAAUGUGGAGGACAACGCCCAGAGAGGAGCUCCAGCUCAUUUUCUUCUAAGAUGAUGUGUUUUGCACAGUGCCUCCCGUCACUGGCAGUUGAGGAAAAAACCUUUCGAUUGGCGACAAGAAUUUUGUGGUGGCGUUGCUGUGUGUGUUUGAGGGGGCGGUCCGGUCUUUCCUCUCCCUUUAUCGUUGUUGCCUUGUAGCACGAGCAAGCUGCUCAGAUCUGUAAAGCCAUUUGAACCCAGAUUGAUCGCUCCCGCCGUCGUUGGGGGCAGAGCCUGCUGCCGCCGCCGUCUCGUAGUGCCUUAAAACCACCUUUUAUGACGUCGUUCAGGAGCUUUUAGAUUGUACAUGGAAAUGGGCUGGCAGCACUUAACCUUCAGACUGAAUACGAAGUGCUUAUGGGUAAAUGAGGACAAAGUGUGUGGGUUUGUUUUAUUCUUGUGUGUCUAACAACUCGGAGUGUGGGUUUAUUUAGCUUGAGGCUGCACACAUACUGUAGGGCUUUGACUGAAUUAGCUUUUAUGUACAUUAAGGGUGAUUUGAUAUUUUGAUAAUCGAUUUCUAUUCACUAUAGUACUUAAUUCAUAACAGUAUUGUCACUGUUUACUGUAACUGCAAUACAAUCUAGAUCCUCUGGGUUGCUGUGUUUUUAUUUAGGCGUUUUUCUGUUUUAGACGUUGGGAGUGGCUUAGAUUCAACUAAAAGAGAGUUUAAUGUUUCUACUUUAAGAUGCUUCUCAGUGUUUGAAGUAACCUAUCGACUAAAAGUAUCACUGCUGGGCUUUCAAGUAUUCGACGUGUAAUCUGUAAUUGUUGUGAGACGAAGCUUUUGUCCUUGUAUUAAAGCCUGUUGUCAGUUUUGAUACAUUCCUUCAGGGUGGAUGCAAAGCCUCGGUUUCUGUGCUUUGAAUUUAUGAUUUUUUUUUUCUUUUCCUCUCGUUUUCCAGCAUGGUGUGAAGCUGCGUGUUUAAACCCCUCAUAUCAGCUGGCGUUUUUAUUUUUUACUCCAAUCAGCACCAAAGACUGUUCAGUAAUCAUUUCCUAAGCAUGGUCUAUGAUAUUUCUCCUUCACCUCCAGCAUACUGUUGCAGAUGUCAAUAUUGGAAUAUAAUAUGAGAUCUCUAUUUUAAAAGUUAGGUUGAGGUUUUUAUUUUCUAGCCACGUUUGGCAAAUUGUAUUUGGAAUGUAUAAAUAUUAAGCUGCUAUGUACUGAUUAUCUGCCACUUCGUAGCUGUGAACUUAGAGGAUUAAUCUUUCUAGCCUGCAUACUCUCCUUUGAAUUGUAGUUUUACAACUAGAUACAAUAGAAGUGGGGUUUUUAUUUGGAUUCUAGAGUUUAUUGAAUGCUUAUCCUAUAUGCUAGUGCCUCUGUAUAUUUGCUCUGUUGUUUUGAAGUGAUUGUAAACUGCUGUAAUGGAAGUUAUAACUUUUUUUUUUAAUUCAGUUGCUUUUUGGUGUCUGUGUGUUUUUGUGUGUAUUUAGCAUCAGUAUUUCAAGUGUAGAAUGGGUUCACUCUUUGAUUCUGUAACCAGUGUGCUGUUGAUGUAUUAUCUUUUUAUUUUGAUGACACGUUUGGCUUUGUUUUGUUGUUUCUUUUCUAGAACUGUAUUUGCAACUCUUCGUACUGUACAACUAGUGCCUUUCUUCAAGCAGCGAUGAUUAUAACAUGCUUGGAUAUCGGAGCAGUCGAACGUCGGUAGAUUAGGUCCUUCUUCUGGGGUAGGGGUGGGGGGGAGGCAGCUCUUAUUUUCACAUCGUGAAACCCCAAAGGUUGUUUUUUAAUGGUCAGAUGAUUUUAUUUUGAACAGAAUCCUAAGAUAGAGCAAUUCAGGGAACGUGUUAUUCACCAGGAACGCAGUGUAGUACUUAAAUCUUAGGGCCUGAAUACACACAAACGCAAAGCUUUAUACUCGCGCCAUGAAUGUAUUUGGACGUAAAGACAUUUGGGUUUUGGGGUUUUAAAAAUGUUUCAUGUGCAUUUCUGUUGGAAUGGGGGUCUCAGCGGUUCUUGUUUGUGGCGAUUGGUAACGUUUGUGUUUCAGUCAGGGCUUUUUCCAGAAACGCUUUAUCCAUCGGUCGUCUUUAACGUUUAGGUCCAAAGUCGUCCCGCCUCACCAGAUUAUUGUAUUAAAUUAUAUUGGUUUGCUAUUUUACUCUAGUGGUUUAAAAAAAAAAAAAAAAGCUUGUCUAAUAUGCACUGUCUUGCUUGGAUUGCAUCUUGGAGUUGUAGCGGUUGAUGUCACGGCACAACGCCUGUUUUUUUAUCCUUUAACCCUGUGGUGUUCAGGCCUCCUCUGUGAUUUCUGCUUGUGUCUGUUGUUUCGUGUCAGCUCAGCACAGGUGACGUCGUAAUCCCCCCCCCCACCACUUUGUGGAUUGCUGUGGAUGAACGAUCUCCCCUCCGCGGCAGCGGUGCGUGCUGACCGCACAGAAACUCUGCAGCCAAAGCUGGGUCGACGCAUUGAUCCCAACUUUAAGGCCUUAAGAAACAAAGCAGGCCGAAACAUGCUAAAGCUUUUAUGAAGAUUUUUUUUUGAUGAGAUGAUGCAAAAAAAAAAAAAAGAAAAAGUCUAGAUCCCGAUCUGAAGAUCUCCUUCAGUCACAGCGCAGAAAUCACAACUUUAAAUCCUGAAUACAAGCUAAUUACUGGCCGGAAAUUUAGCGUUUAGGCACAAAAACGUGGACACGAUUGCAAAUUUGAAACUGUUACUGUUUGAAUAUGUAGAAUUGUGUGGCUUUAUGAUUUUAUUCUUUUGAUUUGUUUUUGUUGAUCUUUUAUGCUACACUAGUGUAACUUGUAGCACUGCACUGUGCAAUAUACAAAACAUGAGGAUGGAAAAAUGAUCAUUGUUUUUGGAUGUAAUGAGUGUCUUAUUACAGUUUGCAGUCGUCGUCCUCCUUUCCCCUCCUAGUUCUCAGUGAGUUUCAAUGUGACCAAGCCUUAUGUACUUUGUCACAAAAAAGCGGGUUCCUUCUUGGUGACUCUUACUGGUGAGUGUCAAAUUAUGAAUUUAUUGUGUAAGAUGUUGAGAUUCACUUUGAAUAAAAAAAAAUCUUAUCCUUCA